AUGGCCAUCUGCAGCUAUGAGGACCAGCCCAAGAAGUUGAGCCGCUGGCAGAUUGGUGAACAACUGGGCUUCGUCGCCGUGACUGAUGACCUCAACGUGUUGAUCUUCGGCGGUGCCGGGGGACUAUCUUUAUUCCGGAAAGCCGAUGGACACAUCACUCGCUUAUACCAUCCUGAGCAGAGAGUCCACCCAAACAACCGCUUCAACGAUGGGAAGAUUGAUCCCGCUGGUCGGCUGUUUGCUGGCACAAUGGACAUGUACAAGCCUCGUAAAGAGGGUGUUGGCGCGUUGUACUGCAUGCAGUGCAACACACUGAAGAAGGUGGAGGCUGUGGGGCCUGUGACAGUGGCGAAUGGCUUAGGGUGGAGCCCGGACAACCUCACGUUCUACCACACUGACAGCCCAACACGCGCGAUCCGUGCCUUCAGCUUCGAUAUCCGCACUGGUGCUGUCCACGGCCCAGCCAAGACUGCCUUCAGCACCGCUGAAGGGGUCCCUGAUGGCAUGUGCGUGGACAGUGAAGGCUUUCUGUGGGUGGCCAACCUUCGCGCAGCGCAGGUCUUGCGGGUGAACCCAACAACAGGACACAUCGUCGCUCGUGUCCGGCUCCCUGUCCCCCUUGUUACCAGCGUUUGCUUUGGCGGACCGUAUUUCCGUACUCUGUUUAUUACAACCGCAAUGGGCACCACCGAUGUCGACAUUGCUGAAUGCACCGAUGCCAAUGCCGGAUAUGUCUAUGCAGUGGAGGUUGACAUCCCUGGAAUGCCCAUGAGCCCAUUGAAGCUUGAUGGCCGAAGCUGUUGA